UAUUAUAGCUUACAUAAAAAGAAAAGUAGUAUUUAUGGCAUUGAUUUUAAAAUUUUCUCUAUAUUCAACGGCUAUAUUGUUGUUGUGUUGUGUAGUACAACAACACACAAACGUUAAAGUUUAAAUUCUCAACGGCUACUUUCCUCCAUCUCUUUCCCCUAAUCUCUCUUUUCCACUUUCAUUUCCAUUUCCAGCUCUCUUUCUCUCACUCUCUUCUUCUUCUCAAUUCGAUCUGCAAUUAAAAUCAAAUCUUGAAUUUCUAUCUUAGUAAUGGCGCCUACGCCUUCCUCAAAAUCCAAUCAAGGCAACCCCAGCCAAUUCAAGACCCCAAAUUCAAAGCACCGUCUUCAAUUCCACGGCCCCAAACACCACCACCACCACAACCCAUCACCCAAUCCCAACUCCGCCCUCCGAGAAAACCACAACCCACCGGAGCAUCCCGUCGAAGUAAUCGCCCGGAUCCGAGAUUACCCAGAUCGGAAAGACCAACAACAACAACCCAUUUCUACUCUUCAGAUUAACCCUCAAAAGCACAGUAUUCGAGUUCGUGCCGAUUUCGGGUACCGGGAUUUCGGCCUUGAUGGGGUUUCCUUAUCGGAGGAAGAGGAUCUUGGUUCUUUCUACAGUCAUUUCGUACAGUCAAGGAUAAAUAGUGUCAAAUUGGGUGAGAAAUGUACUAUCAUGAUGUACGGACCCACCGGUUCGGGGAAGAGUCACACCAUGUUUGGUUGUUCCAAACAACCUGGGAUUGUUUACAGGUCUCUGAGAGAUAUUCUUGGGGAUGAUGAUGAAGAAGGUGAUGCAGAUGGUGAGCGAGUUGGGGUUGGGACAUUUGUUCAGGUCACUGUUUUGGAAAUUUAUAAUGAGGAGAUAUAUGAUCUCUUGUCAAGCAAUGGUGGUGGUGGUGGAGGAUUUGGCCUUGGUUGGCCCAAAGGAAAUGGCUCUAAUUCAAAGGUAAAGCUAGAAGUGAUGGGGAAAAAAGCCAAAAAUGCUACAUACAUAUCUGGAAAUGAAGCUGGCAAAAUCUCAAAAGAGAUUCAGAAGGUGGAGAAGAGAAGGAUUGUUAAAAGCACCCUUUGUAAUGAAAGAAGCUCCCGAAGCCAUUGCCUGGUCAUCCUGGAUGUCCCAACAGUGGGAGGACGGUUAAUGCUUGUUGACAUGGCUGGUUCUGAAAAUAUUGACCAAGCUGGUCAAGUUGGUUUUGAGGCAAAAAUGCAGACAGGAAAGAUAAAUCAGGGGAACAUAGCAUUGAAAAGAGUGGUUGAGUCCAUUGCUAAUGGAGACUCUCAUGUACCCUUUAGAGACAGCAAAUUGACUAUGCUUCUUCAGGAUUCUUUUGAGGAUGACAAGUCAAAAAUGUUAAUGAUACUUUGUGCUAGCCCCGAUCCAAAGGAGAUACACAAGACGAUCUCCACCCUUGAAUAUGGAGCCAAAGCAAAGUGUAUAGUCCGUGGCCCUCUUACUCCGAUCAAGGAUAAAGCUGGUGGUGAAGAUUCUUCCUCAGCUGUGAUUUUAGGAUCAAGGAUUGCUGCAAUGGAUGAAUUUAUCAUGAAGCUACAAAAGGAGAACAAGCUAAAAGAGAAAGAACGAAAUGAUGCUCACAAAGAACUAAUGAAGAAAGAAGAAGAGGUCAAAGCUUUGAGAGCUAAACUUGAGCUUGUCGAAGGGAGAGAUUCUGUUGAAAAUGAGGAGGAAGUUAACUCAAAGGUGAAUGAGUGGGCUCAGAAUAUGAAAUGUGAACUAGACAAAAAGUUAGAGGAAUGCCAGAAAAUGGCCAAUGAAUUCGUAGAAUUGGAGAGGAAGAGAAUGGAAGAAAGGAUACUCCAGCAGCAACAAGAACUUGAGAUGCUGAGGCGGCGGUUGGAGGAAAUUGAGUUGGAAUUGCGAUCGAAAGAAGGGAAUAUUGAGAUAAAGACUAACAAAUCUAUAGAAAAUGAUGGAAGUGGAUUUGCAAAGAGGCUGAUGGGGAUUUAUUCUAGCAGUGAUGAUGCAAGCAUGGUAAAGUCAAUGGAUCUUGACAUGGAUGAUCAAGAACCAGUUUUUCGUGGCUUUACUUAUGACAAGAAUGGCAGCCCAGGUCUUAACCAGCCCCUUUCAACUACUUUGAAUGGUGCUCUUGGAAAUGAUCUAUUUGCUCCAACAUAUGGUGACAAAGUAUCUCUAAGCACUGUUUAUGAGGAAGAUGAAGUUGAAGAGGAGGAAGAACACAAAGAAAGUGAUGAAGAUGAUGAAGAAGUGAAAAAAGAAGUCAUAGAGGAGAAGAAGGUUUGUGUGGUAAACUCCAUCGCUAAUGUGAGUCCAACUCCCUUGACAUUUUCACACCAGAUUUGUCAAGAGACUCCAGGGGAAGAAGAUUAUCUUAAAUCAAAUUUAGAGGAAAGAUUUCAGAGUUUAGGACUCAAAAGUGUACCCCAAGAUGACAAGGAUUCAGAGGCUUCAAGAAAAAUCCGAAUUCAAAACAUUUUCACACUGUGUGGGAAUCAAAGAGAACUAUCCAAGCACAUCAGCACACCAAUGCCUAAGAAAAAAGGAUCAGAAAAUAUUGAUCCUCAAGAAUUGAUGGUGAAAGUGGGAGGAGUUGGGGAGAAUGGACCAGCCCUUAAGGAGUUGUCAUCAGCAAAGGGUACGAUUUCCCCGAGUCAUCAUCUAGUAACUCCUGUUCCCUUGCGAUCACUGGAGAACAUUGCAACCACAUCUCCUGAACUUGGACCUCACUUGGGUUCUACACCUUUCAUUACACUUAGAAGAAGACUUUAGGUGGGCUAUUGUUCUUUUUGUAUAAAAGACAUGGAGUAUACUCGUGUAUAUGAAUGUUUUUAUUUGGGUUUUGGAUCAGUGUUCAUCUGUCUGAUGCUAUUGGAAACUUAUUUUGUAAUUAGUUCCCUGAUUAGAGGGAACAAUAUUUUUUUCCUUUGUGAUGAAUCAAUAGCUAUUUGAUGAUGAAAAAGCUCCCGAAACUUGAUGUGUUGUUCAUUUUUGUUGGUAGAAUAUAUGCAGUGUGAAAGAUUGUUAUAUUUUCAUUGAACAAGUCAAGUAAAAGCAGUGUUUUUCUCUAACAAAGAUUUUUAUAAUAAGUAGUGCAAUUUGAGUUAACCAAGUUAUGUUGAUUGACUUCACUAUCUAAUUAAUAAACUUUGUUUAAUGAAUUUGGUCAACUCUUGGUUUAAAAUAUUAUAUUUGCUGAGCCUGAUAAAGCCUUGUUAACCAGUACAUGGUAUAAGUCUAAGGGUCUUAUAAUAACAAUUAACAAUUAUGAUAAUUAAACAACCACAAGUUUUCUAUCAUUGAGGGAAAUUUACAAAAGAAUUUGUUUAUGGAAGCACCAAGGCAUUGGAGACUUUUAUCCAGAGGAUACAAGAAACUCAAAUCAACCAACUUGGCUUCAUCUCAACAUCAGGUUCUUUCUUUAACAAAAAACUUCUAUUUUGUUUUGUUUUUGGCUUUGAAAUCAAUAAAUAUUAGAACCCUUUUUCUUUCUUUUGUGGCAGAGAAACAUAUUCAGAAGAGUUUUGAGAGUAGCACAAUUGAAGGUCAUAGCAACUAAAACCAUCAGAAACUUGAAAACCAAGUUAAUUAGAAAGAAAGAAAAUUCAAGAAAAGUCAAAGAAUCCCAUUUGGAAGAAGAUGAUGAUGAUGAUUUUGGUUAUGAACAGAUAACAACAGUUGAUGACAAGAUUCAAAACCAACACAAUAAGGACAACAAGAAUCAUCAGAUAAGUUCAACUUGGAUGAAAUUAUAUGUCAAAAUAGCAGCAGUCUCAAACAAGAAGAAAACUAUUGUUGUUGAAGCAAGAGGUUAUCAUAUUGUUCAUGAAAUCAAAUCCAAGAUUCUUGUUGCUGAAGGAAUCAAACAAGAUGAGUAUUCUUUAUUCCAUGGUGGGAUAAGCCUUGAAGAUUACAGGACAUUGGAAUCACUUGGAAUAAAAACCGAAUCCACCCUUCAUUUGAUCUUCCAUCCCACAACUUCAUUGCCAAUCAUUGUUCGAACCCCGAAUGGGAAACUUCUUAGUUUCCAAGUACAAGUCUUGUACACUGUUUGCAACCUCAAAACAAUCGUUGAGAGCUUCAUAGGUUGUCCCGUGGACGAAUGCAAGAUGGUUUACGCAGGGAAGGAGCUCGAGGACUGCAAGAGCUUGGCCUUUUAUGAGAUCGAAGAGAAUUCGAAUUUGGAGCUGCAGCCUUGUUGGAUUCAAAUUCUUGUUAAGACUUGGAGCUCAAAGACCAUAACACUCCAUGUUAUGAGAUCGAAUACAAUCGAAGAGGUUAAAGAAAAGCUUUUUUGUAAGGUGGGAAUGCCAAUUUGUAGGCAGAAGAUUGUGUUUUGUGGAAGAAUACUCAAUGAUCAAAAUCGAAAUCUGUCUAGUUACAAUGUUCAAAAGGAUUCCACUCUUCAUAUGUUAUUGAAACAUUAAAAACAAAAUCUUUGUCAUUUCACAAAAUUUGCUUAUUGAUUUUGUUUUGAUAUUUUUGUACUUAAUAAGAGAAAAAGUUGAAUCAUAUGUAUAAAUGAAAAGAUAACAUAUAGUAUUAGCUUUUUACAG